AUGAGUACUGUAUUCAGUGAAGAGAUCCUUAUCGAUAAGCUCGCCAAGCUCAACAGCACUCAACAGUCCAUCGAAACUUUAUCGCAUUGGUGUAUAUUCAAUCGGGUGAAAGCUGAGUUGAUAGUGACGACAUGGGAGAAACAGUUUCACAGUACGGAGAUGUCUCAGAAAGUGCCUCUUUUGUAUUUGGCUAAUGAUAUUCUUCAGAACAGUAAGCGUCAGGGUAAUGAGUUCGUGCAAGAGUUUUGGAAUGUUUUGCCCAAAGCUGUUAAAGAUAUUGUUUCUCAGGGUGAUGAUCAUGGCAAAGGCGUUGUCUCACGUUUGGUGAAGAUAUGGGAAGAAAGAAGAGUGUUUGGGUCACGUUCGAAGAAUCUUAGAGAUGUGAUGCUUGGAGAAGAUUGUCCUUUGCCACUUGAUGUUAGCAGCAAAAAGAGGUCUCGUGGAUCCAAAUCCUCUAAACGGGACAGGGAGUCAAAAUCUUCCAGAACGAAACUAUCAAGUGGAGGACGUGUGGCUGAGAAGAUAGCAUCAGCGUAUCAUUUGGUUGUUGCGGAAAACUCGAAUGAAGAAGCUGAGAUGAGUAAAUGCAAGUCUGCUGUUAAACGAAUCAGGAAGAUGGAGAAAGAUGUUGAAGAAGCAUGUUCUACUGCAAAAGACAACCCGAAGAGAGAAUCACUGGCUAAAGAAUUGGAAGAGGAAGAAUAUCUUUUGAGACAAUGUAUUGAGAAGCUUAAAUCUGUUCAAGGGAGUAGGACUUCCCUUGUAAACCAGCUUAAAGACGCACUACGUGAACAGGAAUCUGAACUGGAGAAUCUUGAAGCUCAGAUUCAGGUAGCACAAGAACAAACAGAAGAAGCUCAAAACAUGCAGAAACGGCUCAAGGAUGAAGACUAUGUACCGAAACCAACAACCGUCGCUCCAGGAUCAGUCUCUGCUACCACGACAACAGACAACAAUGGCCAAGCAUCAAAAAUGACGCCUGCAUCUAUAGCUGCGAUGCUUACAGCUUCCACCUCAUCACAUAUGAUCAUGCAAUCUGUUCUCUCUUCAUUCGCAGCUGAAGCAACAAAGUCUUCUGGUCUAACCAAAACAGAGAGCACAGUUCCGGUUUCAGACAGUAACGCGUUUGUCCCUUCUUACAACAACUCACAGAACCAGACACCCGCCACACAAGGUCAGUACCAUGUGAUCCCUAAUCAACCAGCACCACCACAACCACAGUUCCUGAAUCCGCCGGUAAUGAACAAUCCUUAUGGGUUUGGUAACAUCCCGUUAAUGCCACCUGGACUUCCGCCGCCUCCUCCACCACCACAUAUGAUAGGUAAUCAACAGACUCAGACCAACUCAUCUCAACAACAGCCUCAACAAGGUACUUUCCAGCCGUCAGGAAUAAUGUAUUAUGGAGCUCAACACCACUCUUAA